AUGAAAAAUUCCGACACGACGUAUUCGCCCUAUUUCGUUAAAUGUGAUGAUGAUGAUGAUGAUGAUGAUGCUGAUGAUGCUGAUGCUGAUGAUGAUGAUGGUGGUGAUGAUGAUGAUUAUGAUGAAGAUGAUGAUGACGAUGAUGAUGAUGAUAGUUCAUUCUGCCCAUAA